UUCGCCACCCACAAACACUACUCGCCAAAACCACACUCUUCCCGCUCAUGCAUGUUUCUUCGCGCUUUCAGAGCUCAAUCCCUCUCUCAUAAACCCCAUUUUCGCGCUCUUCAAUCUCUCCCUCCUCCAUUUUCAGCCGACGACGCCGUUUCCGACGUCUCAGCUCUGAUCAAGAAGCCCAAAUGGCAGAGCAACCCUCGCUUAGAAACCCUAGUUUCCCACUUGAGCCCCAAAUCAGUUUCCAGAAUCAUAGCCUCGCAAAGCGGAGAUGUCCCACUCUGCCUCACUUUCUUCAAAUGGGUAUGCAAAAAAUCGACCUAUUGCUACGAUUUAGACAGCAGAAUCCAGCUGCUGCAUAUGCUGGCGUCUGAUAAUCUGUGGGGGGUUACGCAUAAGGUGUUGGUUUUCUUGAUUAAAGAGUGUUGCACUUCGAAAGAAGACAUUUUGAAGGUAACUUAUGGUAUUGAAGAAAUGGGGAAAAUUGGGUUUAGGGUUAAUUAUCCUUGUUACAGUGUGCUUUUGAUGUGUUUGGCUAAGUUGGAUUUGGGUUUGAUUGCGUUUUCGGUGUUUAAUAGAAUGAUGGAGGAUGGUUUUGUUUUGGGUGAAAUUGAUUAUAGGAUGCUUGUGAAUGCUCUGUGUAAGAAUGGGUUUGUGCAGGCUGCUGAGAUGUUUGCUUCGACAGUUUUGAAACUCGGGUUUGCGUUGGAUGUUCAUCUCUGCACAUCUCUAGUUUUGGGUAAUUGCAGAGCUGGGGAAGUUGAUGAAGCAUUGAAGGUGUUUGAUGUAAUGUCGGGAGAGGGCGGUUGUGGUGUUAACAGUGUGACGUAUACGAUCCUUGUGCACGGUUUGUGUGAAGCGGGGAGGUUGGAAGAGGCGUGUGGCCUGAGAGAGGAGAUGAGUGAGAAGGGGUAUAGAGCUAGUGCGCGUACCUAUACUGUGUUGAUCAAAGCUAUGUGUGAUCAAGGAUUGAUGGUUCGAGCGUUUGGUUUGAUGGAUGAGAUGGCGGGGGAAGGGUGCAAGCCUAAUGUUUACACGUAUACUGUGCUUGUGGAUAUGCUGUGUAGAGAGGGAAGAAUCGAGGAGGCUAAUGGGAUGUUUAGGAAGAUGCUGAGGGAUGGAUUGAGCCCUAACAUCGUGACUUACAAUGUGCUGAUCAAUUGCUAUUGUAAGGAGGGGCAUGUGGUUUCUGCUUUCGAGCUGCUCGGGUUGAUGGAGAGAAGGCGGUGCAAGCCUAAUAUACGGACGUAUAAUGAGCUCAUGGAAGGGUUGUGUAACAUUGGGAAAUCUCACAAGGCAGUGGCUUUGUUGAGAAAGGCUAUAGACAAUGGCCUCUUUCCAAAUGAAGUAACCUUUAACAUUCUCAUUUCCGGGUUUUGUAAGGCGGGUCAGCUGAGUAUGGCUCUCAAGGUUUUGCGUACCAUGAGCUCGUCUGGGGUUGAACCUGAUCAGUUUUCUUAUACUGCAUUUGUGGACAGCCUCUGCAAGAUGGGGAGACCUGAGCGAGCAUGUGUUUUUAUAGGACUCGUUGUGAAGAAGGGUCUUCGUGUUGAUGAGGUGGCCUUAACUGCACUCAUCCAAGGCUACUGCAAGACGGGGAGGGGUAGAUACGCACUUAUGCUCCUGGAACGAAUGGUUGAGGAUCGGUGUUUGACAAGCCCUCAUGCUUUCAACAUACUUCUUGAUGUUCUUGGCAAGGAAGUUGAGCUAGUUCGAGGAAAUGCUGUGUUGGGGAAGAUGUUGAAGCAUGGUUCGGCUCCUUCUGUCGUUACUUACACGUUAUUGGUUGAUGGGUUGUGUCGAGCAGGUGAAAUGGCAGCUGCCUUGAGAAUGCUGGAGCUCAUGAAGGAGGCUGGCUGUCCUCCGAAUGUCUACACGUACACUAUAGCCAUCAACGGCCUUUGCCAGAGUCAAAAACUGGAGGACGCGGAGGAUCUUUUGGUUGAAAUGUCUAGGGCUGCAGUUUCACCAAAUGCCAUUACAUAUGCUCUGCUGAUCAAGUCGUACGUUGCAGCUGGCUGUUUGGACCGCGCUUUUGAACUUUUUCGUACAAUGUUCAAGGCGGGCCUUCGACCAGACAACCAAACAUACACCGCGUUGCUUUCUGGGAUUCUUGAUAUUGAAACUGCAGAUUCCGACGAUAGCUCCACCCACUUGCUGUUUAUGAAAAUCGGAAUCAACCACGCGUUGGAGCUCCUGCGCAGGGCCACAGAGUGCGGUGGCGACCCUUGUGGCGCAUAUGCCUUCCUGAUCACAGGCCUGAGCAGAGCCGGGCGAAUAUCAGAAGCCGGUGCUCUCAUCCAGCAAAUGGCGAGCUCAGGCCUCACCCUCAGCAGCGAUGCUUGCGACAGCGUGAUCACGUCCUUGUGCGUACGCGAUGAGUGUGCUCUUGCUGUUGCGUGGAUCAGGAGGCUUGUUGCCUAUCGCAACGCCCCGUCUCUUGGAUCAUACGGCUCUGUGAUCCUCGGGUUCCAAAAGGAGGGGAGGAUUCAAGAAGCUGAAACUCUGGUGUAUGAACUUGUGAGAGAUGCUGGUGUUGAGGAUGAGAGGGUGAUCUUGCCAUAUAUUGGUUUCUUGAUGAAGGGAGGAGAUGAGUCUUGUUAUUCUCUUCAGAUUUUGGAUUUGAUUGGACAAAUUGGGUUGAAGGAGAGGCCAAUUCUUUAGUACAGUAGUUUGGUUUAAACAAAUGUAGGGUGGGAAAAUCCAUCUCUUAAAUGGAGGUAGUAUUAGAGAUUUGUGGGAGAGAUUGGUUUGGCCCAAAUUUAUUGAAAUUAAUUUUGUUGGUUUUGGUUUUGGA